GGCGAGAUUGUGUCUACGCUACUUGACCCUGAAACCCGGAUCCUCAGCACACAUCCAACCUUCCGCAUUAUCCCCACAACUGCUAAAGAGACUAGUUAUGGCGGCUGAGAUUGUUGUUGGAAUAGAUUUUGGUACAACCGGUGGCAACCAGAAUGUCCGCCUCAUUACAGACUGGCCGAAUCCUGGCUCGCUUGUCGCCAGCGCCGAGAAGGUUCCAACGGCUAUAUCGUACAAGGACGGCAAGCCGAACAACUGGGGCUACAAUGUGGAGAUGACCGAGAAAAGCAGUUUCAAGUGGUUCAAGAUACUGCUGGACCCAGAGCACAAGUUGCGCAACAAGGCUGAGCCUGUAGUCGCGUCUAGUUCCCUCUUGAGUAGCCUCCAAAAGACCGCCGAAGACGUCGCCGCAGAUUACUUGCGCCUCGUUUGGGAAUAUACCCGAGACGAUAUCCGGAGGAUGAAGGGAGACGACUGGGAAUCCCUGUACAGUCUCAAAGUGGUGCUAACUGUCCCUGCCAUAUGGUCGCCGGCAGCAAAAGAGAAGACAGAGAAGGUUGCGCUGGCUGCCGGGCUGCCGAAGAACCUGUCGUUGGUGUCAGAGCCAGAGGCUGCGGCACUAGCCGUAAUGAAAGAUAAGAAUGACGAAGAAAAGACUAUGCAGGUCGGAGACGCCUUCGUAGUGUGCGAUGCGGGCGGGGGCACAGUGGACCUCAUCAGCUACAAAGUUACCGGUGUCAAUCCUAUGCAAAUGGAAGAGUGCGCAGUAGGCGACGGGGACCUGUGUGGAUCGGUGUUCGUCGAUGCAGCCUUCGAGAAAUACGUCAAGACGGUGGUUGGCGAAGGCGACUACAACACAAUCCGGGAAAAGGCAAAGAAAAGGAUGAUGAAAGAGUUUGAAGUGUCAGUAAAGAGAUGCUAUACUGGCGAUAAUAAAGAGUUCUCCGUAGAUCUUCCAGGCGUAGAAGAUAAUCCAGAUGAAGGCAUCGAGGAUGAUACCAUCAGAACAGUCACAGCGCGCAUAGCACGCCACAACUACGGAACAUCUAUGUGCAUACCGUUCGACUCUAGUAAGCACUUGGCCAAAGACCGGAGACGCUUACCGGACGGAAACUGGUAUGCCAAAGGCCAGAUGGAGUGGCUACUCCGGAAGGUACGUCUAGUUGGUGACUCAGAUUCAUCCUCCAGAUGUGUUAAGCUGUUGUGCAUAGUCGAGUAUGGCAUCGACUGCGACAAGCUGUGGCAUGAAAAGAGCUUCCGCAACCCUGAGACUAAACAGAAGUACAGAGCUGCUACCUUUCAUCUGGUAGUGAGACUGGACACGGCCAAAUUGCAGUUUCGCGUGUUCUACAAAGACAAGCCCGUGGCGUUCACCGAAGCCGACUAUAAAGAGGACUUGGCGACAUCUUAGGCAUUAUUUCUUAUCGGCAUGGCGUUUCAGGCUUCAUAACGGUAUUCUCUUAGCUGUGUAUUUGGUAGAGCCAG